AUGAAAAAUCUACAAUUGCUAUUAAGGAUAUUAGUUUUACAAUACCUUGUGGUGUCUGGAUGCACCCAACAAAAACAACUCAUUAAGUACUUGUUUAGAGAUUAUCACAAAGAAUUGAGACCGGUAAAGGACGAGUCAAGUGGUCCUACAAAUGUGACAGUUCAAUUAUACUUCAAACAAAUCCAAAAAGUCCACGAGAAUGACCAAAUCAUAACACUCUACUGCUGGAUUGAGGAAUAUUGGCAGGAUGAGUUUCUGAUGUGGAACCCAUCAGACUUCGGAAAUAUAAAAUCGCUCCAUGUACCAUCGGAAAUGAUUUGGAAGCCGGAUUUGUUAGUUUAUAACAACGCCAACAUGAACAUCAAAGAAAACGAAAUGCAGACCAAUGUCCAAAUCGAGCAUACUGGGAAAAUCUCAUUGUUCCGAGCCAUCAUAACAGAUAUUACAUGUGAUUUACAAAUGGAAAAGUUCCCAUAUGAUCAACAGAUUUGCUUCAUAAUGCUCGCUUCUUGGUCCUAUGAUGGAUCACAAAUUAUGCUUAACACAGCUGAACAACCCACAGAAGCCCCAUUGGAUAUCAAGAAUACCACAAACCUUGCUAUCCUAAACCACUAUAUUCCCAACAUGGAGUGGAAGUUGGUUGAUUUCCGUUAUCGAAACAAUCUGAAAUACUAUGAUUGUUGUCCCAAUCCGUAUCCAGAUAUUUCGUAUUUCUUCGCUAUUAAAAGGAAUCCCAGCUAUUAUCUUUUCACCUUAAUUAUUCCAUCUGCAUUUAUUACCAUUGUCACUGUUAUUGGAUUCUUUACUCCACAUUCCUCAACUGGAGAGAACACUGAGAAAGUCAGUCUUGGGGUUACUGCGCUGCUUUCAUUGGCUAUCAUUUUGAUGAUGGUGUCAGACAAACUGCCAGCUACUUCAAACUCCGUCCCGCUACUUGGCCAAUAUUAUAUUGGUCUUAUUUUCAUAAUGUUUUUGGCCACCUACUGUACCACAUUCACACUCGGAAUUCAAAUGCAAGGAAAUGCGGGUCGCCCAAUCACCCGACGUCUUCGCUCGUUCCUCCUUUCAAUACGUAUGAACCGAAACUCUUUCGUGCAAUGGUUCUUUGGAAGAGAGCUCAUGAACACGCAAGAGAGUAUCAAAAUGAGAUUGAAGAAAUAUGACAAGCUGUCAGAGCUCAAGAAGAAAUUCGCUAACGGAUUUAUUCAAUUCCAGCAAAAAUUGCUGAAAACCGACGAACCAAAGCACAACAAAACCUCGCUUGUCGAACAAGAAUCAAUCGAUAGCUCCAAAUUAUUGGAUCCAGCUAUGUAUAACGUUGUGGUAGAUGUUCUAAGCUCUGUACAAUCCAUUCGACAAGAUCUAACAUCUCAAGAGCAUUUGAAGAGAAUACGGAAGGAGUGGCAGAUGUUGGCAAGAAUGCUCGAAAAAAUCAUCAUGUGGGUUUUCAUCAUCUCCACAGUUCUGUUUGCGUCUUUCAUGCUCUAUGAUACCCAAGAUCCACCGUAUAUCACGAACGAAGUUAUGCGCUCAAAAUCCACGUGA